AUGGGGUCUAAACGAGUCAAACCCGCCUCUUCAAAGGCCAGCCUGCCCUUCAAAACCAGCAAUAAAUUCAGACGGCAAGAUCUCCACGUCAAGCAGAAAAAAGCCCGCGACAGCGAGCGCCGCGAUGAGCGGUUCAAGCGGAAAAGAGAGGAGGACAAGAACCCCGAGUUGAGGGAAGCCCGACUUGCGCAGAAUGUGCCCAUGACAAUCGACAGAAAGCGAGUAUGGGACGAUGUCGAUGGGGACGGAUUGAACGUCAGCGUAGACGUCGAGCAACUGAAGAGGCGGCGCAUCGAAGAGGCUGAAGCCGCACUGCAAGAACCGGUGGAGGAAGCUAUCGAGGACGAUGAUGAUGCGGACAGUAUGCUCGACUCAGACUCAGACGCAGAUUCGGACGAAGAGAAGGAAGAGCCAGUCAAACAACGGCCGCGCGCAUCUUCGACCGCAGCCUCAACGACAAGCACAAAUCUCGACCUCACGCCUACUUCUCUCUCCCUCAAAUUCCCCACACUGUUCACCGAUACGCCUCCUCCCGCCCCAAAGAUCCUGCUCACUACCUCCAUAAACUCGACUCUCCACCACGAAGCCAACCUCCUGUGCACUCUAUUCCCGAACACGAACUACAUCCCGCGCUCCGCCCACCGCUUCGGUCACAAAUUUUCUCUGCGAGAAAUCUCGAAAUUCGCCGCAAACAGGAACUAUACCUCCGUCAUCCUCUUGAAAGAAGACUCAAAAAAGCCUACGGGGUUGACCAUCGUGCAUCUACCGUCUGGUCCCACCUGCCACUUCAGCAUCGCAAACUGGGUCGACGGGAAGAAGCUCCCCGGCCAUGGAAACCCUACAAACCACUAUCCAGAACUGAUCCUGAACAACUUCCGCACCCCGCUCGGUCUCCUCACCGCCCGCCUAUUCCUCACGCUCUUCCCCCCUCAGCCCGAGCUGCAAGGCCGACAGGUCGUCACGCUGCACAACCAGCGCGAUUACAUAUUCCUCCGACGGCAUCGCUACGUCUUCCGCGAGAAGCGCGAGACGGAAAAGAGCGUCGUGGGACCCGAUGGCAAGAUCGUGCCGGGCGUCGAGGGUAUCAGGGCCGGGCUGCAGGAGCUCGGGCCGCGGUUCACGUUGAAGCUGAGGAGGGUAGAUAAGGGUGUCGGGCGGGCGGGCAGCGAGGGUGAAGAUGCAGUGCAGUGGCAGUGGAAGGCGCAUAUGGAGAAGCAGAGAACGAGGUUUAACUUGUAG